AUGUCCAAGAAGAAGAAGAAGAAGAAGAAGCCUUUCAUGCUGGAUGAAGAAGGAGGGGACGGUGCCAGUGAGGAUGCUCCACAGCCAGAAGCGAAGGAGGUGGAGGUGGAUGGAGGAGAGGACAGAGAGGUGGACUUUGACGAGGAUGAGGGAAGGAGGAAAGGUGAGGAAGUAGGAGGGCCCUCAGGGGCCUUAACAUAAUAUGAACUGAAAAGGUGAAUUUGCAUGUAGUCUGACUUGUGUAAGACCUUUUGUAAGUAAGGCUUUUUAAUCUUGGUAUGUUUUCCAGAAAUCUCUGAUGAUCUGGAUGACUUGAACUUCUUCAACCAGAAGAAGAAGAAAAAGAAAAAGGCAAAGACAUUUGACAAUGACGUAGAGGAGGGAAUGAAGGUACGUUUUGGGUCAAGUGCCCAGAGAGCUGGCCAUGUGUAGAAUGUUGACUUUAUUUGAACAAGUUUUCACAAGUGUCUGUUAAAUGACGGAAAUGUAAAUAUUUGACUUAAUUACUAAAUUGAUUCCUGUCAACCUUGUAGUUGGUGGACAUGUCUCGUAGAUAGGGAUAAGAUGGAUCCUUGCAUUUGUAGCUAAUUAAAGUGUUUGUUUAAUUAGACACUGAGUGUACAAAACAUUAGGACAUAGACUGACCAGGUGAAUCCAGGUGAAAGCUAUGAUCCUUUUUUGAUGUCACUUGUUAAAUCAAUCCACUUCAAUCAGUGUGUAGAUGAAGGGGAGGAGACAGGUUAAAGAAGGAUUUUUAGUGUCUCUAGGCUUAAAUACCGUUUAAACUAAAGUUAAAGUUUUUCAAUAUAUUUUAAUAUUUGUAGCUCUUUUUUAAGUAAAUACCUGCAGUCAACUUGUGCAAUGCGUUAGGAGAUGAAGCACAUUGCGUUCUUAUUUCACCUGUCACGUUAUUUUACAUUAUGAAGCUUACCGUAGUUCCCCAGCACAGUUGAGCCAGUUACGUGUAUGUUUGUAAAUAGCACAACAGGAGAAAGUGGGAGCAGGUGAGUCCAGCUGUGUAUUGACAGGGGUCGCGUUUUAUAUUGAAAGUCAAUAGUUUUUUUGGCUUCAAUAGAGUGAUCAGGGACCUGCAACUAUAGUUUUCCUUCACAGAAAAUACAUUACUGCAACACAUUCGGCAUAAAAUAGCUUCAUUUUCAUCAGGUGACAACAGAAGUGCAACGCUAUUUGGCUGGCAGCCACACAAGUACAUGAGCUUACAAUGAAAAAGCAAAAACGGUGCAUGGCCAUCAUAUUUCUAAUGUUUAGGCCUAUCAUAGAAAGAAUGUAGCCAGCUACAUUUCCUAAUGUUUUGCUUAAAGUUAAUCUUGCAUUUUACUGGAGAAAAAUGGCUACACCAAGAAAAGUACCAGAGAAAAGUAGCGACACAUCAGUCAGAGCGCUGUCUGCUGAUGGAAUGCCCAUUUGUGAAUUCUCAUCUGAGUUUUUAAAGUCCAACUGAAGCACAAAAUUAGUCUGAUGCCGAGCAGAAAUUACAAUAAGAAGCAUUUUAGAUCUGUGUUUACAAAACGCAGCAAAAUAUAUUUCUUGCGUUUUAACUGUUUUUCCUGCGUGAAAAAUUCAGAAUUAUGCGUUAACACGACCCCUAGUUUAACUUGCUUUCUAAGUAAGUGGCUGAAUGAAUAAGGUGAUGGGGUAUCACAUUGUGUUAGCUUUCUACUGUGUUUGAGAAGUCAAAGACCUUUUGGAUGAGAUAUCUGUACAGCGGCCACUGCUAUCUUGAUUUCCUUGUUUUUUUUUCUCCUAUCCGUUCUGGCCCGUUUGCUCCUCUUCUCAGAGCAGACAGGCCUGUUGCUCUAGCGACUCCAGACUCCACACAGACACAGCUUGUAGACACAGAUAGGGUUAGUUAUACAAAUCUUUGGUGUAGGUAGACAUGCUGCUGGAGAGCCAGUACUGCAUGCGUCAACUUUGUUCAUAUCUCUCGUUCACAUUCACUUAUAAAUGUCCAAACUCACCAAAAAUGACAUUCGGUAGCUCCUUCCUAUGUAUGUAUAACUUUAUGAGCUGGAUUGCAAUUUGUUUAUUUUCGUUUGCACUCAUUAGCAUAUUUGGCUAGCAGCGUCCAUUUUUGAAAUUCGUGAUUACGUGUGCAAAUUUAGUUCGCAUUUUGGUAAUGGACACCCAAUGGGCUUUUUGGCAUUUUUGGCGCCCCUUGUGUACUCAACUGGUAAUACCGUAUAUCCCGGGGUGAGAGAAGGACAGUAUGACGACAUGAAAAUCUGGAUACCGCCCAACCCUAUCCAUCACCCAACGGACAUCCAGCCAACUUGACACAACUGUGGGAAGCAUUAGCGUCAACAUGGGCCAACAUCCCCGUUGAACACUUCUGACACCUUGUAGUGUCCAAUUGAGGCUGUUCUGAGGGCAAAGGGGGGUGCACCUCCAAUAUAAGGAAGGUGUUCCUAAUGUUUUGUACAAUCAGUGUAUGACUUUCUGUGUCGUGCCUUGACAUGUAUAGGGGUUACAUUUCUCCUGCGAUGGAUUUCAGUCAUAUGGAUUCUGGAGAGGUCGUUUUUGAGAUCAGUGUAGAUCCGCACUAAAACAUCUCCGUGGGUUUGGAGAUUACAUAGCCUAAUACAGACAGAAUCUGUUCUACAAAAUAUAUUCUCAAAUGUGUUCUCAAGUAUUUCAUUUUUUCUGUUACGCUGUGUGCACUGAACUGACGUGCAUGAUUGUUGAUCACACAACGAUGUUCAGAUGAAGGGAAUAAAACAUUUUCUAUAAAGCGCACCACAGCAGUGCUCAACUCACAGUGGUGUGUAGCCUACUGUAGCUGCUGGAAAAGUCAUUCAACGCCUGUACUUCCAUCACUCAGGAUGGAACUUUCCAGUGCUACUAUUUUUGCCAUAUUUUGUUAUUAAAACAAAGUCAGACAACCUCAUAGUAGAAUAGUUUACCUAUUUACCUAGUUGGCUUGUGUUCUAUGCAAGACAAAUAUUCCUCUCGAGGCACAUUCAAGUUGCGAGAGCAAUAGGAGGGAAACAUGUAUUCUGACAAGCAGUCAAUGCACAACUAUUCUAAUGCAAUCGCAGGAAAACGUGUUUGAAAGCAGUUUUGGCCUUUGCAAAAAAAGGGAAAAAAGGACGAUCCCUGUUUUACAUUGCCAGCACAUUUAUUUCUGCACUCCAAUUGUGCGUGGAAUCUUUUUACAAAUGCAGUUUUACAACUGGAGUUUCAAGCAUGGUUUAGGCACAGCAAAGCAACAGAGCUCUUAAAGGGGCAAUGACAUUGAAACAAAAAAAUAUAAUAAUAAUUAAUAAUUGUUUAUAUAUUUAUAAUUAUUCAUAAUUACAAUCAGGAUGUUGUAUCCAAAGGGGUAGAUGGACAAAUCCCAUGCUUUAACCUAUGUACAUUUUAUAGCCACUAUGCUUCAUCAGUUGGGCUACAGGUGAUAAUGCUUAUUGCUAAUAGCACAUCUGAUAAUAUACACCAUGCUUAGGCUAUACAGUGCAUUCGGGAAGUAUUCAGACCCCUUGACUUUUUCCACAUUUUUACGUUACAGCCUUAUUCUAAAAUUGAGUAUUUUUUCCUCAUCAGUCUACACGCAAUACCCCAUAAUGACAUAGCAAAAACAGUUUGUGAAAAUUUUGCAAAUGUAAUGAACUGAAAUCAUAUUUACGUAAGUAUUCAGACCUUUCACUCAGUACUUUGUUGAAGUACUUUUGGCAGCGAUUACAGCCUCUUGGGUAUGACGCUACAAGCUUGGCACACCUGUAUUUGGGGAGUUUCUCCCAUUCUUCUCUGCAGAUCCUCUCAAGCUCUGUCAGGUUGGAUGGGGAGCAUCGCUGCACAGCUAUUUUCAGGUCUUUGAGGGGCCAAUUGGGUUCAAUUCUGGGCUUUGGCUGGGCCACUCAAGGACAUUCAGAGACCUGUCCCGAAGCCACUCCUACGUUGUCUUGGCUGUGUGCUUAGGGUCGUUGUCCUGUUGGAAGGUGAACCUUCGCCCCAGUCUGAGGUCUUGAGCACUCUGGAGCAGGUUUUCAUCAAGGAUCUCUCUGUACUUUGCUCCGUUCAUCCUUACCUCAAUCCUGAUUAGUCUCCCAGUCCCUGCUGCAGAAAAACAUCCCCACAGCAUGAUGCUGCCACCACCAUGCUUCACCGUAGGGAUGGUGCCAGGUUUCCUCCAGAUGUGACGCUUGGCAUUCAGGCCAAAGAGUUCAAUCUUGGUUUCAUCAGACCAGAGAAUCUUGUUUCUCAUGUUCUGAAUGUCCUUUAGGUGCCUUUUGGCAAACUCCAAGCAGGCUGUCAUGUGCCUUUUACUGAGGAGUGGCUUCUGUCUGGCCACUAGCAAAAAGGCCUGAUUGGUGGAGUGCUGCAGAGAUGGUUGUCCUUCUGGAAGGUUCUCCCAUCUCCACAGAGGAACUCUGGAGCUCUGUCAGUGACCAUCGGGUUCUUGGUCACCUCCCUGAGCAAGGCCCUUCUCCCCCGAUUGCUCAGUUUGGCCGGUCGGCCAGCUCUAGGAAGAGUCUUGGUGGUUCCAAACUUCUGCCAUUUAAGAAUGAUUGAGGCCACGGUGUUCUUGGGGACCUUCAAUGCUGCAGAAAUGUUUUGGUACCCUUUCCCAGAUCUGUGCCUCGACACAAUCCUGUCUCGGAGCUCUACGGACAUUUCCUUCGACCUCAUGGCUUGGUUUUUUCUCUGACAUGCACUGUCAACUGUGGGACCUUUUAUAUAGACUGGUGUGUGCCUUUCCAAAUCAUGUCCAAUUAAUUGAAUUUACCACAGGUGGACUCCAGUCAAGUUGUAGAAACAUCUCAAGGAUGAUCAGUGGAAACAGGAUGCACAUGAGCUCAAUUUCGAGUCUCAUUGCAAAGGGUCUGAAUACUUAUGUAAAGGUAUUUCGGUUUUUUAUUUUUAAUAAAUUUGCUAACAUUUCUAAACCUGUUUUCACUUUGUCAUUAUGGGGUGUUCUGUGUAGAUUGAGGAAAUGGUUUUAUUUAAUCCAUUUUAGAAUAAGGCUAACGUAAGUGGACAAAUUCAAGGGGUCUGAAUACUUUAUGUAUGCAUGGUCCAGUAUGUUAAAAUAAUUUUAACACAAUUUUUACCAGUGUUAUUGGGCCCAUUUCUGGAGGUAGACAUUAUAUUUUAUAUGGUUUCAGCAUCAUUUUGUCAUUAAUUUUAGAGUAGAAUGUCCUUUUAAAAAGUAACCAGAACUGAACUUCUCAGUUCCUGGGAGGACCCCAGGAACCCCUAAGCAAGGGGACUGGAAUUGGUCAAAUACAAAUUGGUUUAAUACAUGUAUGAAAUGAUCCUCUUUCCCUAAAAGCAGGAUGGUCAUGACUUUCUUAACCUCCCCUUUCAUGUAAACUUGGCCCCAGACAAUCGAUCUGAGAUAGACUUAAGUUUCAGUCAUGGGAUAUUUUUUUUGCUUUAACCCCUGUGUGUAAUAUGUAUUCAAUUGACUGUAUUCUAUAACUGUCCAUGCACAGGAGCUGAAAAUUGAGACCGAGCCCUCUGAAACCAAUGAAGAGGACGACUUGAUGUUAGAACUAGGAAAAAAGAAAAGGAAGUCCAAGGCUGUGAAUUUCGACAUGGAUGACGACAUGGAAAUCAAAGACGACGGUGAGCGUACCGAAUUCACAGGCUGGAUAAAUGUUGCAAGCCAUAAUAUGUUACAUUUAAUGCUACCAGCAUGCAAACUGCAUUUUUGGCCUUUGUCAUACCUUUGUGGUUUAAAGCCCAGGAAGAGGAUGACGUAAAGAACACUGACGACAUUACGUUCAGCAGCACACGGUUGGGCCCUGCGUGGGCGGGCUCAGAGAGAGACUACACAUAUGACGAGGUACAAUCUGAGUCUGUGGGUCAGGAGACUUGCCUUUUAAAGCUGCAAUAUGUAACUUUUUGGGCGACCUGACCAAAUUCGCAUAGAAAUGCGAGUUAUAGAUCUGUCACUCAUUGAAAGCAAGUCUAAGAAGUGGUAGAUCUGGUCUGUGUGCUAUUUCUAUGCUUCCAAUUCUUAAGUGUCGUUUUUCCGUCUAACUUUCGGUUUUGUACACCAGCUGAAAAUACAAUAUUUUGGGUUAUUGAAAAUGUAUUUCACAGCGGUUUAGAUGGUACAAUGAUUCUCUAGACUGCUACUUUGCUUGUUUUGUCACAUAAACUGAAAUUUGGCAAACUAUUAGAAUUUUAGCAACCAGGAAAUGGCGGAUCGAUUUCUGCAUAUUGCACCUUUUUAAGAUUUUAGAGAGGAAUAUUACACCAGAGUUAUUACCCACUGAACAGAAAAAAAUUACCUAGACAUUUUCAUCACAGAGACCUAAGAUUAACGACAAGACGUCAGGUCAUCAUGACCUUGAAUAAAUGUUUAGUCACGUCUUCAUUAGAAAAGUAUUGGUCACAUCUUGUUGAAGCGAAUGUCUUUCAGUGGUGUUUCCCAAGUAUUUCUUCCUAAUAUCCAGGCUGACUCAUCUCCCUCCAUUGUAGCUGCUGAACCGUGUCUUCAACAUCAUGCGGGAGAAGAACCCUGACAUGGUGGCUGGGGAGAAGAGGAAGUUUGUCAUGAAGCCUCCCCAGGUGGUCCGAGUGGGCACCAAGAAGUCGUCCUUCGUCAACUUCACCGACAUCUGCAAACUGUGAGAAUAUGCCACUACCAUGGGAUGCCCUGUUGCCAUUUUUAGAGAUGUUGAGGUUUUAUGACUUAGUCUCCCUUGUUGAAUAUCAUUAUUUUGCGUCUUUAGUCCCCUUACCAUCAUUCUUCUCGACAGGUUGCAUCGGCAGCCAAAACAUCUCCUGGCCUUCUUGUUGGCUGAGCUUGGAACAAGGUAAGGUUUGGGUCAGCGAGUGUUGAAAAGCAGUUAUCUGCUUCAUGUUUCAAAAAUUAUUAGAAAAUGAAUGUGUAUGGAGGAUUAUACAUUUAUGGCUGAAACUGUAUUAUUUUUAUUGCAACAGUGGCUCUAUAGACGGAACUAAUCAGCUCAUCAUCAAAGGAAGGUUCCAGCAGAAACAGAUAGAGAAUGUCUUACGAAGAUAUAUUAGUAAGUGUUCGUGUUGACAAUUGUCCUACCUUUGUACACCUCUCUGAACUCGUGAUUUAAUUCUGAGUUCAGUUAAUCAUUGCAAAUGAGAGAAUGAUGAUAAUUUACUUUACUUAACAUUUUUGGUUUAAUAUGAUAGGGCAGGGACUUGUUAUUUGCUAGCCAUGUUCAUAACAAGACCUGCUUGGUGGUUAGAUGUUUUUGCGAGGGCAUAAUAUUUUUUUGACAUCUACAAAUCCCUACAUAUUAUGCGAGGGCGUAAAUUUUUUACCAAUUACCUCGCUAUUUCCACAUAAAACAGUUAAAUCAGUGCAAUCUUAUCGCAUAAAACAUACUUAUCACCGCAGUACAAAAAGCGGGUUUGCAAUUUCAAGCAAUCACCUGACCUUCACAGCAUAAUAUGGUUCAAUCAAACCAGAUGUGAACACUUCCCAGUCUCACCCAACUUUUUCUAUCCCCCUCUUCAGAGGAGUAUGUGACGUGCCAUACAUGCCGCUCCCCUGACACCAUCCUCCAGAAGGACACAAGACUCUACUUCCUGCAGUGCGAGACCUGCCACUCCCGCUGCUCCGUCGCCAGCAUCAAGGCAGGUUUCCAGGCAGUCACAGGCAAGAGGGCACAGCUCCGUGCCAAAGCCAAUUAA